AUGCGUGCCUCAGCUGCUAUUGCUGCUGCUAUCUUGGCUGGCUCUGCCACUGCUGCCCCUACCCCUAGCCUUUUGAGCAGCAUUCUUGGUCUGCUCACCAACGACUUGAACUCGCUUCUCAACUCUCUUGGAAUCAAGCUGCAGACCAAUGCCAACAUCCACGGUGCCACCGUUCCAUUCGUCGACCAGUGUCCCUUCAGCAUCAACACCUCGGUCAGCCUUUCCAACACCCGCUUCAGUCACGACAUCACUUGGCCUCUGGGUGUCAACGGCGGCAACUAUGUUGACUGGAAGACUUUUAAAGCCAACGGCGCUAACUUGGGCGGUUGGCUCGAGAAAGAGAAGACCCAUGAUCCUAUCUGGUGGUCUUCGGUCGGUGGUGACAGUGCACCUGAUGAGUGGACCCUCUGUGAGACCCUUGGUUCUCAGUGCGGUCCCAUUCUUGAGGCUCGCUACCAGAGCUUCUUGAACACAACCACCAUCGAUCAGCUCGCCAGCGUCGGUGUCAACCUUUUGCGUAUUCCCACCACCUACGCCGCUUGGGUUAAGGUCCCUGGCUCCCAGUUGUACUCUGGUAACCAGCAGAAGUGGCUCAAGGCCAUCACCGACUAUGCUGUCCUGAAGUACAACAUGCACAUCAUCAUCGGACUCCACUCCCUCCCCGGCGGUGUUAACAACCUUGAUAUCGGCGAGGCUCUCUUCCACGAUGCCUGGUUCUACAAUGCUACCAACCUUGACUACAGUUUCCAGGCUAUUGACGGUGUCCUCAACUUCAUCAAGAGCUCUGGCUACCAGAACGCUUUCACCAUUGCUCCUAUCAACGAGGCCUCCGAUAACCUGGCUGGCUUUGGUAGCGCUGCUGGUCUUUCUACAAACGCCACUAACUGGAUCAACACCUACGUCGAUGGUGUCCUCAAGAAGAUCGCUGCUGUUGACAAGCGUAUUCCCCUCCAGCUCCAAGAUUGCUUCAAGGGAGCUUCCUACUGGGCACCUUUCUACGAUGCUGGCACCAACAUCGUCUUCGAUUCGCACGUCUACUACUUCGCUGCUGCCGGUACCUACGCCAACUACGUCAACCCUGCCGUUUGUGGUCAAGCCCAGUACAUUGCAGAGGAGACCAAGUUCCCUGUAUUCAUCGGCGAAUGGUCGUUGCAAGCCAUGUACAACAACACUUUGAACGUUACUACUCGCAAGACUUUGUUUGACACUCAGCGUUAUGCCUGGCAGAAGUAUGUGGCUGGUGGUUCGUUCUGGACCGCUGUUUCCUACUCCACUGCAGCUGUUGACGGCGAGGGAACCCAGAGAGAUUACUGGUCUUACAUUGAUCUCAUCAACCAGGGUGUCAUCACCAAGCAGACCAACGCUUCUUACUGUUAA